AUGUGGCUGUUCAUUACAGUGGUGUACAUUAUGCAAAGAACUGUUAACUUGGAAGAAGCCAGAGGAAGGAGAGAUGUUGAUCUUAAUCCUGAGCAAUUCAUGAAUAUUACUGAGAUGAUUAAUUACAAUGGAUACCCCAGUGAGGAGUAUGACGUUUUGACAGAGGAUGGCUACUACCUUAGCCUGAACAGAAUUCCUCAUGGUAGAGAAAAUCCUGGGAGCACAGGUCCCAAGCCUGUCAUGUUGCUUCAGCAUGGCUUGACUUUAGAUGGUAGCAACUGGAUUGCCAAUCUGCCCAAUAACAGCCUGGGCUUCAUGGUAGCAGAUGCUGGAUAUGAUGUUUGGCUAGGAAACAGCAGAGGGAACAGCUGGUCUAGAAGGCAUCAAAGUCUUUCUGUUGAUCAAGAAGAAUUCUGGGAUUUCAGUUUUCACGAAAUGGCAAUGUAUGAUCUUCCUGCAAUGAUAAAUUUCAUUCUGAACAAAACUGGACAGGAGAAAAUAUAUUAUGCUGGCCAUGCUCAGGGCUGUACUAUAGAUUUUGUAGCAUUUUCAGCAAUGCCAGAGUUGGCUCAAAAAAUCAAAAUGUUUUUUGCAUUGGGUCCCUUAUAUACAUUUCAGCACACAAUAGGUCCUGUCUCAUAUCUUCUGUCCCUCCCGGAGGCACUUUUUAAGUACUUAAUAUGGUCCACUAAUGAGGAAAAUAGUAAUCUAAAUCGGACAGAUGUGUAUAUAUCACACUUCCCAGACUACACUUCUGUAAAAAAUGCUAUUCAUCUGCGUCAGUGUGCAAAGACUGGGGAAUUAAAAUGCUUUGACUAUGGCAGUAAGAACAAUGAGAAAUACAAUCAGAGCACCCCUCCUUUCUAUAAAAUAAAAGAUAUGACUGUGCCUACAGCUGUAUGGAGUGGUGGAGAGGAUUGGGUUUGCCACCCUGAGGACACAGCACUUUCGCUUCCUCGAAUUACUAACCUAGUGUACCACAAGAGUAUUUCUGACUGGGUGCAUUGGGAUUUCAUCUGGGGAAUGGAUGCAGCUGAGCGUAUGUACAAGGAUGUAAUUGCAAUGAUGAAGAAAUAUUCCUAA